UUUUGAUGUUAAGAAUUUUUUUUUCCGUUAUUAGUUAUAAAUAUUAUGUCUGAAAACAGUUUUUAUUUAUUUUAGAAUUUAAAACUGUUUUUAGACAUUUUGUCACGUGGAUUUACAGGUUGUAAAAGCAUCUACAAUUUGGCUUUAGGAGAAAACAAUGAAGUUUAUUUAAUUCAUCAAAAAUGUUUACAAACAGAAACUAGAUAUAUUACCUUUAUACAUCUACACAUCCGUCUGCUAGUUGCAACAUUUAUCGAUAAUGCAUUUAAACACACAACCCCCAAAUAAAUGGAUGCAGAAGAGAAAAUACACGUUUAUUGCGUUUUCAAUUCAGAUUAUUAUUAUCGGAAUGGAAUACAGUCUAACUUUUUUAACAUUAUGGUUGUAUAUCAAGGAAAUGAUGAAUACGAAAACGCCGAAGCUAUUUUAUAGUCUUGUCUCUGUUUCUUACAUGCUCACAUCGUCAAUUCUGACACCAUUUAUUGGAAGAUUCGUUGAUAGAAAUAGAAAUGUCAGUAUCUGUUUUUUAAUUUGCAAUAUGCUGAUGUUUAUUGGAAAUAUUUUUUACAGUCUCCCUUUUUCACCAUACUUUUUAAUUGGAGGAAGAGUUAUCGCAGGUUUUGGUGGAACUUUAAAAUCUGUUAUUGUAAGUGAAACAAUUCGGAGUUACCCGGCAUCUGAAAUAAGUUCAAAAUUAUCAAUUUUAUCAGUUAUGAAAAAUUUAGGUUACAUGGUUGCUCCAGGUAUCAACUUCUUUUUUAAAGGUGUAAACUUUUCUAUUGGUCGGUGGCAUUUAAAAGAUCUAAACUUUCCCGGUUUUUUCAUGGGGUUAAUUUGUGUAAUCAUGGAGGUUGUGACCAUAACCAUGGUACAUAAUCUAUCAAAAGAAUUCGACUAUAAAGCAUUAGAGGACAAAAAUGAAGCUGAUGUAAUUGAAAUAGAAGUCUCAAAAAUUGAAAAAGAUAAAAAACCUCCGAUAUUGCAAAACAACGAUAAUGAAAAUUCUGUUUUGAUUGUAACCCCAAAAGAGCAUACUGUUGUUAAUAUUUUAAAAAAGUUGUUUUUCCAUAUUGAUUCCGCACUAAUUUUGUUUUCAAGCUUUUUUCUCGCAUUUUUUUUAGUAAACACGGAUAUAUGGUUGCCAUUGUUAGUUAUAGAAAAAAUGCAUCUAUCUAUUACCGAAAUGAACAUUUCCUUUUUGGGAUCAGGUGUUUUUUGCGCCUUAUCAUUAUUACUGUUUAUGUGGAAGCCAUUGACAGAUAAAAAGAUGAUUUUGCUUUUAUUAAUUGGUUUAGGAUGUUUUUGCAUUAUAAGCGCCGGAUUUGUUAUUCUGUCAUUAUACCCGUUCAAUAAAGCGUUAAAUGUUGUGUUUUGCGUUGUGUAUAUGAUUGGUUUUGGAGUUGCACCAAUUAUAACAGAUGUUUUUCUCAUUAAUGCUCUUGCUAAGAUGGUCAACUCAAACGUAUUAACAUUUGUUGACGGUAUUCGAUCGUCAAUGUUCUUUGGUGGCGCGUUCUUGGCUUUUGCUAGCUCCGCAUUUUUGUUUGAUUAUGUUGAGAUUUUUGGGACAGCUUUUGUUGUUGUUAUGAUACUUAUUGGAAUCUUUUUUAGUAUCAGAAAAAGUAAUUUACUUUAUCCUGAACUUUUACUAUGAUAAACUGUUUAUUAUUUUAAUUAAAUAAUUUUACAUAAUCUAGAUUAAAAACUCUUAAUUGAAUAAUUUA